UACAAUCCGUUCUCAGUCAACAAAAGUCCUUAUCAAUUGUAUUACUCCAUAGAGAUAGAUAGAUUCAUCUUCGACAAGGAGAAACAAUUCUUCGUAUUGAGAGAAGUAGAACAAAAAUGGGAUCUAUGAAGAUCUGUUUAAUCCUAGGGUUUCUAUUGAGUUUUGUUAGUCAUAUUUCUUCUCUAUCCGUGACUGUCAACGAUAUGGAAUGUGUUUAUGAAUAUGUUCUUUACGAAGGUGAUACUGUUUCUGGUAAUUUUGUUGUUGUUGAUCACGAUAUCUUCUGGAGCUCUGAUCACCCUGGCAUCGAUUUUACGGUAACAUCUCCUGGAGGCAAUGUAGUUAAUUCUUUGAAAGGAACAUCAGGGGACAAGUUUGAAUUUAAGGCUCCACGAGCGGGAAUGUAUAAAUUCUGCUUCCACAAU